GGGCGACCACACGUCAGUGGACUUCUACCUGGCCGUGUUGCCGCCGAAGACGGAGGUGGUAGUGUUCAGCAUUGACGGCUCCUUCACCGCCAGCGUCUCCAUCAUGGGCAAGGACCCAAAGGUUCGCGCGGGCGCGGUGGACGUCGUGCGGCACUGGCAGGACCUCGGCUACCUGAUCCUCUACAUCACCGGUCGGCCCGACAUGCAGCAGCAGAAGGUCGUGUCGUGGCUCGCCCAGCACAACUUCCCCCACGGCAUGGUGUCGUUCUGCGACGGCCUGUCCACCGACCCCGCUCGUCACAUAGACCAAACUAUCUACGCAGCCUACCCACGAGUGGUGGUGUGGGGGUGA